CAGGACAGGACGUUUGUUGGGCCGUGACGUUUAUCCUCCCAAAUCGGCCACAGUUCGGCCUGUUCCGUGUGUCAGGGGGGUUGUGGACCAGGCACCUAAGGAAGAAGCAGCCCGGGGAAUGCCCUCCACAGCAGAGUGGCAGACGGUCACAUCCAGGACCGGAGCUGCUCACAGCGAACAGGUACCAGUCCCUCUAGUCCAACUGGAGAACAGGUCAAGAGAUCCAAGAGGACCCAGAGGAGGAGGCGACGAGUGCUCGUCAUAGGCAACUCCAUCCUGAGAGGUACGGAAGGGCCCAUCUGUCGCCAGGACCCCUCAACACGAGAGGUAUACUGCCUGCCUGGAGCAAAGAUUCGGGAUGUGACGGAGGUAAUCCAGGCCAGGAUCAAGCCCACCGAUUACUACCCCAUGGUCCUAGUCCACGUGGGUACUAAUGAUGCGGCCAGGAGAACCCCUGAUCACCUGAUGGCGGACUACCAUGCUCUGGGCAGCGUGCUGAGGGGUUUCGGUGCACAGGUGGUGUUCUCUUCCAUCCUACCAGUGAACGGACGCGGAAGACGGCAGGAGAACUGCAUCCGAGAGACCAACUGGCGGCUUCGGCAGUGGUGUCUCGAGGCAGGCUUCGGCUUCCUGGACAAUGACCCGCACAUCACGACGAGGGACAUGCUCAGUUGGGAUGGGCUUCACCUGUCCCCCAAAGGUAAGCGUGUGUUUUCUACUAAGUUGGCGGAUCUCCUCCAGCAGGCUUUAAACUAGGCUCACCGGGGGAAAGGGAAGAUGAGGGCGGGGGAAGCUGUGGACCACCAAACCAUGUGGCACCCACAAGGACAGCCCAGCCUGAAGAAAGAGAACAUUGGGAACCUGCAAGCCGCAGGGCGGCCAGCACUACGGCACAGGUAAGAAACUAGAAGGUAAGAAAUAAGGGGCCCCUUGGGACUCGGAGCGGGGGGGCAGCAAAGGCACCUGUCGCAGGGCUCAAGUGCCUAUAUACGAAUGCUAGGAGCAUGGGAAACAAGCAGGAUGAACUAGCGCUCCUGCUUGCACAACACACCUAUGACUUAGUGGGGCUAACAGAGACCUGGUGGGAUUCAUCCCACGACUGGGCGGUACAUAUUGAGGGUUACAGAUUGUAUAGAAAGGACAGGGUGGGGAAAAAAGGGGGAGGGGUUGCACUCUAUGUCAAUGAGCAAUAUACAUCGACCCUCAUCAAGACAGAAUCCGAGGUUGAGGAAGUAGAAGGAUUGUGGGUUAGGCUACAUGGGGGGCAAAGGGAAAGGGAUUUGGUGGUAGGGGUCUGCUACAGACCCUCACAUCAAGGGGAAGAAAGAGAUUCGGGGCUCCUGAGGCAGCUCUCAGAGACCAUAAAAGCUAAAGAGGCAGUAGUCAUGGGGGACCUAAACUACCCGGACAUCUGCUGGGAGACGCAGACGGCAAAGUCCCACCGCUCACGCAGGUUUCUAACCUGUGUACAGGACCCCCACCUGACACAGGACAUACAUGGUCCCACUAGGGGGAAUGCCAUACUGGAUCUGGUAUUGGCAACGGGGGAUGACAUGGUAGGGGACCUACAGAUCAGUAGCCAGCUGGGGGACAGUGAUCACCUAAUAAUAGAAUUCACCAUAAGACGUCGAGUGGGUAAGGUAACUAGUAGGGUGAAAGUGCUAGACUUCAGGAAAGCUGAUUUAAAUGAACUCAGGCGAUUAGUCAAGGACGCACUGCGGAGUAGGAGUUUUGAAGGGAUGGGAGCCCAAGAAGGGUGGCUGUGCCUUAAGGAAAUGAUCCUUCGGGCACAAAGCGAGACGAUCCCCGUGCGAGGUAAAAGAGGGAAAGGGGCCAGGAGGCUUUCCUGGCUGACCAGAGAAAUCCAGGGCAGCCUAAGGGCCAAAAGGGGAGCACAUAAAAAGUGGAAACAGGGAGAGAUCACUAAAGAUGAAUAUACCUCCUCUGCUCGUGCUUGUAGGGAGGCAGUUAGACAAGCCAAAGCUACCAUGGAGCUGAGGAUGGCAACCCAAAUAAAAGACAACAAGAAAUUGUUUUUUAGAUAUAUAGGGAGUAAAAGGAAGGCCCAGGGAGGAAUAGGACCCCUGCUAAAUGGGCAGAAACAAUUGGCGAUGGACAGGAGGGACAAGGCUGAACUCCUCGACGAGUUCUUUGCCUCAGUGUUCCUAAGUGAGGGGCAAGACAAGUCUCUCACUGGGGUUGUAGAGAGGCAGCAGCAAGGCGCCAGACUUCCAUGCGUAGACCCUGAGACGGUGCAGAGUCACUUGGAAGAAUUGGGUGCCUUUAAGUCGGCAGGCCCGGAUGAGCUCCAUCCGAGGGUGCUGAAGGCACUGGCCGACAUUGCAGAGCCACUGGCGGGAAUAUUUGAACGCUCGUGGCGCACGGGCCAAGUCCCGGAGGACUGGAAAAGGGCCAAUGUGGUCCCUAUUUUCAAGAAGGGGAGGAAGGAGGACCUGGGCAACUAUAGACCUGUCAGUCUCACCUCCAUCCAUGGCAAAGUCUUUGAAAAAAUUAUCAAGGCUCAAUAUUGCCAGAGCCCGGCAGGACAAAUUAUGCUGAGGGGAAACCAGCACGGGUUCGUGGCAGGCAGAUCGUGCCUGACCAAUCUAGUCUCUUUUUAUGACCGGGUUAUGAAACGCCUGGACACAGGAGGAGGGGUGGAUGUCAUAUACUUAGACUUCAGGAAGGCCUUCGAUACGGUAUCCCAUCCCAUACUGGUGAACAAGUUAAGAGGCUGUGACUUGGAUGCCUACACAGUCCGGUGGGUGGCGAAUUGGCUGGAGGGUCGCACCCAGAGAGUCGUGGUGGAUGGGUCGGUCUCGACCUGGAAGGGUGUGGGCAGUGGGGUCCCGCAGGGCUCGGUCCUUGGACCGAUACUCUUUAAUGUCUUCAUCAGCGACUUGGACGAGGGAGUGAAGUGUACUCCGUCCAAGUUUGCAGAUGACACAAAGCUAUGGGGAGAAGUGGACACGCUGGAGGGCAGGGAACAGCUGCAAGCAGACCUGGACAGGUUGGACAAGUGGGCAGAAAACAACAGAAUGCAGUUCAACAAGGAGAAAUGCAAAGUGCUGCACCUAGGGAGGAAAAAUGUCCAGCACACCUACAGCCUAGGGAAUGACCUGCUGGGUGGCACGGAAGUGGAAAGGGAUCUUGGAGUCCUAGUGGACUCCAAGAUGAACAUGAGUUGGCAGUGUGACGAAGCCAUCAGAAAAGCCAAUGGCACUUUAUCGUGCAUCAGCAGAUGCAUGACGAAUAGGUCCAAGGAGGUGAUACUUCCCCUCUAUCGGGCGCUGGUCAGACCGCAGUUGGAGUACUGCGUGCAAUUCUGGGCGCCGCAAUUCAAGAGGGAUGUGGAUAACCUGGAGAGGGUCCAGAGAAGGGCCACUCAUAUGGUUAAGGGCCUGCAGACCAAGCCCUACGUGGAGAGACUGGAAAAAUUGGACCUUUUCAGCCUCCGCAAGAGAAGGUUGAGAGGCGACCUUGUGGCUGCCUAUAAGUUCAUCACGGGGGCACAGAAGGGAAUUGGUGAGGUUUUACUCACCAAGGCGCCCCCAGGGGUUACAAGAAACAAUGGCCACAAGCUAGCAGAGAGCAGAUUUAGACUGGACGUUAGGAAGAACUUCUUCACAGUUCGAGUGGCCAAGGUCUGGAACGGGCUCCCAAGGGAGGUGGUGCUCUCCCCUACCCUGGGGGUCUUCAAGAGGAGGUUAGAUGAGUAUCUAGCUGGGGUCAUCUAGACCCAGCACUCUUUCCUGCCUAUGCAGGGGGUCGGACUCAAUGAUCUAUUGAGGUCCCUUCCUACCCUAACAUCUAUGAAUCUAUAAGGUUAUAUAUACACUCUGAGUAUCACUCCACAAAGAAAACCUUAACCCAUUACAAAGCUGCACCUGCACAUCCUGCACACCCGUACAAAGGCCCGCUGGCCACCAAAACCUGUUACAAUAGCCACAUCACACGCUACACACAAGAAACUUCGGGUCUCUCUGACCAGGCAAACCUUCCUUUCAUCCCCACCCCGCUUGCUGGCUCACAUACUCAGUUCACCUGUCCUUCAUGUCACUGUCACUCCAGCUCCUGCUGGCGGACCCGCUGCUGCUGUCGCUGUCCCCAGUUCCACUUGUCUCUUCCUGCGGUCUGAGGUUGGUCGGGGUGAACACCCCCCAAUAAAUCAGGAUGUGCCCUGCAAAAUAUCUCACCAGGCAGGUGGUUUUGGAUUGUGUCCGUCGCCAGCUUGCAGAUCUGGCUCGUAUACUUGGCCCACAGGAACAGGAGGAUGUCUGGCAUGCCCCUGUCCACUUGUCCUUGUACAAGGUCUUCCUGGUGACCUCUUUCCAUCUGGAGCCCCAGAAAAAAAUGUACAUGGCCCUCUGGAUCCUGUGGGCAACACGCUUGGAAGGGGGGGAAGACCAGUGGGGUGUACAGAAGCACCAGUAACAACACCGCUUUCUCGAGUGUGAUGCCCCCCCACCCCCCCAAUGGAAAGGGAGUGCAUGUACCAGAGCCCCAGUUUCUGCUUGACCUUUGCCUCUUCUUCUCCCACACUGUCCUGCUGCUCAGCUUGGGGUUGAAAUCUAUCCCAAGGAUCCUGACACCCUCGCGGGGGACAGAGACCCCCGGGGACUCCAGGUCCCCGAGCUUGCCCACAGCUUCCUCAUGUUGAACUUGGUCCCCCCGCCGCCUCGUAUACCUGCAUGUCUGCCAGGGCUCUCUCUACUGACCGCUAGUUCUGGCACAGGAUGUUCAAAUUGUCCGUGUAGGUCAAGACCUUUUCCUUUCAGUUGCUGCUACCUGGGAUGUGGACUCUGCAGAUCCCUGGGUCCUGCCUCAGGUGCUGGACCAGGGGCUCGAUGGCACAAAUGGGAUGGGGGAGAGUGGGCAGCCCUUCCGGGCCCCCAACUCCACUGAGAUCCAGGCGCUCAGGAAACUGUUGAUCUGCACUUCUCUGCUCACUUCCGUGUAGAGGGGGUCUCUGUGAUGCCUCAAAACAGGCAUCCAACGUCACUAAGGUGUUAAAAAUAUCUAAACCAUUCAGUGGAUGUUUAAAGUUAUGAGCUACUGCAAAUAUACCCCAUUGAUACACGG